UAUUGUAGAUCCGGGCUAAUUGUGCUUUACGCACAGUCAAACCUGAGUUACCAAUUUUUUCCCCAAAAAAGUCUAAUUUCGCUGGACUAUUAAUCCAACACAAUUUUUUAAUUCUCGCACAUAUUACGUGUGUGGACGGGCUGUACUGGAAAUAACUUCCCAGCUAACCUUGUUUAGAUAUUCCUAAAAUAUUCGUGGAAAAAUACACGUGGGAUACUGUUUAUUAAGUUUGCAGCAAGAUUCGACCUCUUUCCGUAGCGAGGACUCGAGUGGGGAAACAAGACGCAAUUGCUAAGGGCCAUGGAGGCGUCGGUUCUGGACACACAUCAAUCGUUCGGCAGAUCUCAUACAGCACAGAUACAACGGCCCCAGCAGCUAAUUCUUGCCGAUUUCCAUAAAUAGUCUCGACCACAGAAACUGUCGACUACCAACGCGAGUUCUGAUUGGUCUUCUGCUUUUCUGCUUUCUGCUUUUCUGCCAAAAUGUGCAUUCUCCCUAAGAGAAGCAGAUGGCUCUAAAAGGAAUCAAAGUUUUAGAACUAGCUGGGCUAGCUCCUGGAUCUUUCUGUGGAAUGAUUUUGGCAGAUUUUGGGGCAUCUGUUAUCAGAGUAGAUAAGAUUAAAGGACAGAUGUUCAAAGAUUGUUUGGGCAAUGGAAAGAGGUCAAUAGCAUUAAAUUUAAAAUCUGAAAAGGGUAUUAAUAUUUUCAAAAAAUUAAGUGAUGAAAGUGAUGUUAUUAUUGAUACAUAUAGGAGAGGAGUCAUGGAAAAAUUAAAAAUUGGUCCAAAAGAACUUAUGGCUACAAAUAAAAGACUGAUAUAUGCUAGAUUGACUGGAUAUGGUCAAAAUGGCUCUUACGCAGAUAUGGCUGGUCAUGACAUCAAUUAUUUAGGUUUAUCAGGUUUACUGUCUUUACUUGGCCGAUAUAAUGAGAAACCUACACCACCCAUCAAUAAUCUUGCUGCAGGUUUUGGUGGUGGUAGUUUAAUGUGCGCUCUUGGAAUAAUUUUAGCGUUGUAUGAACGAACUAAAAGUAAUGUAGGACAGAUAGUAGAUGCAUCAAUGGUAGAAGGAUCAGCAUACUUAGGAUCCUGGUUAUUCAGAUCCCAGAAAAUGGGUAUAUGGGAAAAUCCACGUGGCAGAAAUAUGUUGGAUACAGGAACACAUUUUUAUGAAACAUAUGAAACGAAGGAUAAAUAUUACAUGUGUGUUGGAGCGAUAGAACCACAGUUCUACAAAAUUUUCCUAGAGAAACUUGGUCUUUCAAGCAACGAUGUACCGCAAUUCGACAAUUUUGAAGAAAAUCGCCGCAAAAUUACGGAAAUCUUCAAAACAAAGACUCAAGCGGAAUGGUGCACUAUAUUUGAUGGUACUGAUGCAUGCGUGACACCGAUGUUAAGUUUGAAAGACGCCACGUUGCAUCUUCACAACAAGCAGAGGCAGACAUUUACGAUUACAGGAGACGACAUAAUUCCAAAUCCUGCUCCUCGUUUAUCUCGUACACCUGGCAUUUCUCAUGAAACUGAUAAAAACCUACGAGCGGGUGAAAACACCGUACAAAUCUUAACUGAAUUGAAAUUUCAGUCUAAUGAAAUUAACGAUCUAUUGUCAAACGAAAUUGUUUAUCAAGUGCAACACAACUCUAAACUUUUUAAACAUACUACCCACAUAACCAGUAUGAUAUAAUAAAGAUAUAAUAUUAGCAUCUUGCUACGCAUUUAUGUCGUCCCUUGUGCUGUUGUUUGUUAGCAUUCGAUGUCAGAAAUAAAAUUCUUUACACGUUUCAAACAUUAUGCUAGCAUUACUUAAGAUCAGUGUCGAAUGCUAGCAAAUAACAGCACAAGGGACGACGUAAAUGCGUAGCAAGAUGUUAACAUCUUUAAAUUAUUAACAACAUGAGAACAAUUUGUGCUCAUACAUACAUUUGUGGCUAUCUGGGCUAAUUUAGAUAUAACAGGUUUGUUUUAAUAAUAUACCCA